AUUCCAUUUCCUCAAAGCAAGUUCAAUUCUAUUUCCUCUUAAGCAUCCUCUCCCCUAGUGCGCAGGCCUGAGAAAAACCCUCUUCGAUCAAUUAACUCCUCUAAUAGUAAGCCCUCUAGGCUUUAACGAUACACAACCCAAAAUGCAUAGAGCUCUUUAUAUACACAAACCCAUGUUCAGUCCUGGCUGAUCUCUCUCAAGGUUCUCUAAUGGCUUCCUUUCGUCCAGCUUUAAGGACCCUUAGACCAAAGUUGCUGGUUUUACUUUCUGGGUCCUCUGUAUUUGGCCCCAUAUUUCAUGAUUUUGGAGGAAAUUCGAAGUUGGGUGGUCGUAUUUCAAACCAUUUUUAUUGCUCUCAAUCUCGCCAUUCUAGCAGAGAGACCGUUAUAGAUUUGAGCCAGUUCCCGCCUGAAAGAAUCAGGAACUUCUCGAUCAUUGCUCAUGUCGAUCAUGGGAAAUCGACUCUGGCCGAUAGGCUUUUGGAGCUCACUGGAACCAUCAAGAAAGGGCUUGGUCAGCCGCAAUACCUCGAUAAGUUGCAGGUGGAGAGAGAAAGAGGGAUCACAGUUAAAGCCCAAACAGCUACCAUGUUUCACAGGCAUAACCUCGAUUCAGAUAAACCUUCUCUAUCAGAAGCACCCAAUUUCUUACUUAACCUAAUUGAUACACCAGGCCAUGUGGAUUUCAGCUAUGAAGUGUCAAGGUCCCUUGCAGCUUGCCAAGGUGCACUUUUGGUAGUGGAUGCAGCUCAAGGGGUCCAAGCCCAAACCGUUGCCAACUUUUACCUUGCUUUUGAGUCCAACCUCACUAUAGUCCCUGUUAUAAACAAGAUUGAUCAGCCAACUGCUGAUCCAGAUCGUGUAAAAGCUCAAUUGAAAUCCUUGUUCGAUCUUGACCCAAAAGAUGCUCUUCUAACCAGUGCCAAGACUGGUCAAGGCCUUGAACAGGUUCUCCCUGCUGUUAUAGAGCGAAUACCUUCCCCUCCUGGAAUUACAGACUCCCCCCUACGAAUGCUUUUGUUGGAUUCUUACUAUGAUGAAUAUAAAGGAGUGAUUUGCCAUGUUGCAGUAGUUGAUGGUGCUCUUCGUAAGGGGGAUAAGAUUGCAUCAGCUGCUACUUCCCAGGUCUUUGAAUCUCUCAAUAGGUACACAUAUCAUAGUGAGUGCUUGCUUUCAUUUUAUCAUUGUCCUGUCCCAUGUGAAUUAUAUCUUACAGGUUUUAAGCCGGCAAAGCAUAUGGUGUUUGCUGGGAUCUAUCCUGCCGAUGGUUCUGAUUUUGAUGCCCUGAACCAUGCUAUUGAGAGAUUAACAUGCAAUGACGCGAGUGUUUCUGUUGCUAAGGAGAGCAGCACAGCACUUGGCCUAGGCUUCCGGUGUGGCUUCUUAGGAUUACUUCACAUGGAUGUCUUUCAUCAGAGGCUAGACCAAGAGUAUGGAGCCCGGGUUAUUUCUACUACCCCAACAGUGCCUUAUAUUUUUGAAUAUUCAGAUGGAAGCAAAGAAGAUGUGCAGAACCCUGCUGCAUUGUCUUCAAAUUCUGGAAAACGUAUAGUGGCAUGUUGGGAGCCAUCAGUAAUUGCUACGAUCAUUAUCCCUAGUGAAUAUGUAGGGCCUGUUAUUACCCUUUGCUCAGAAAGGAGAGGAGAACAACUGGAGUACUCAUUUAUCGAUAGUCAGCGAGCCUUCAUGAAAUAUCGGUUGCCACUGAGGGAGAUUGUUGUGGAUUUCUAUAAUGAGUUGAAGAGCAUAACAUCCGGUUAUGCCUCAUUUGACUACGAGGAUGGAGAGUAUCAAGUUUCAGAUCUAGUGAAGCUUGACAUACUUCUUAAUGGUCAAGCAGUUGAUGCUAUGGCCACCAUUGUUCAUAAACUGAAGGCACAAAGAAUUGGUCGGGAACUGGUGGAUAAGCUUAAGAAGUUCAUUGAUAGGCAAAUGUUUGAAAUAACCAUUCAGGCAGCUAUUGGAUCGAAGGUCAUUGCGAGGGAAACGCUUUCGGCUAUGAGGAAGAACGUGCUCGCGAAAUGUUAUGGAGGCGAUGUUACGAGAAAAAGGAAGCUUUUGGAAAAACAAAAGGAGGGAAAGAAGCGAAUGAAGCGAGUAGGUUCGGUUGACAUUCCACAGGAGGCAUUUCAUGAACUGCUCAAAGUCUCUUGAAUUGGUAACCCCAAUAUUGUGCUGUAAUAAUUGGAAAAAAUUAUGUGCUUUUCUUUGUGAGAACAAUAGCUUAAAUUUUUUUAUUUUCUUUUCUAAUAAUAGUCGGGAAUUUUGUUAAUUAUUGUAAAAGAAAAAUGGGUACUUGGUAUCUAAUGAAAAAUUUUGGAUUUUAA